AUGGGCAGCUCUGAUUCCGCUGCCGGCACUUUGUUGGCGGGCGGGGCGGCGGGCCGCGCAGCUGUCGCAUUUUCCCACGAGCGGGAGCCCGGCCUACGGUGUUCCCAGCCAGAGGAGACCUGCUUGAAUGGCGGGAAAUGUGAAGUGUCUGCCGAUGGCUCGGAGGCCUGUGUCUGCAGCGGUGCCUUCGUGGGCCCACGAUGCCAGGUGCCCAGCCCCUGCCUCAGUGCACCUUGCAAGAACGCCGGGACCUGCCACGUGCUGGAGCGUGGGGGCACCGUGGACUACACCUGCAGCUGCCGGCUGGGCUUCUCCGGCCCGCUCUGCCUGACACCCUUGGACAACGCCUGCCUCACCCACCCCUGCCGGAACGGUGGCACCUGCGACCUGCUGAGGCUGGAUGAAUACAAAUGCCACUGCCCCCCGGGCUGGUCAGGGAAGACGUGCCAGCAGGCUGACCCCUGUGCCUCCAACCCCUGUGCCAACGGUGGCCAGUGCCUGCCCUUCGAGGCCUCGUACAUCUGCCGCUGCCCACCUGGCUUCCACGGCCCCACCUGCCGGCAGGACGUGGACGAGUGCAGCCAGAGCCCGGGGCCCUGCCGCAACGGGGGCACCUGCCGCAACGAGGUGGGCUCCUACCAGUGCACCUGCCGCGCUACCCACACCGGCCCCCACUGCGAGCUGCCCUACCUGCCCUGCAGCCCCUCACCCUGCCAGAACGGGGGCACCUGCCGCCCCACGGGAGACACCACCCACGAGUGCGCCUGCCUGCCAGGCUUCACCGGGCAGAACUGUGAGGAGAACAUAGAUGAUUGCCCGGGACACAGCUGCAGGAACGGGGGUACCUGUGUGGACGGCGUCAACACCUACAACUGCCGUUGCCCACCCGAGUGGACGGGCCAGUACUGCACAGAGGACGUGGACGAGUGCCAGCUGAUGCCCAACGCCUGCCAGAACGGUCUGCUGUGCCACCUGAACGACGCCUGCAUCAGCAACCCCUGCAACGAGGGCGCCAACUGCGACACCAACCCGGUCAACGGGAAGGCCAUCUGCACCUGCCCCGCGGGCUACUCGGGGCCGGCCUGCAGCCAGGACGUGGACGAGUGCGCGCUGGGUGCCAACCCGUGCGAGCACGCGGGCAAGUGCAUCAACACGCUGGGCUCCUUCCAGUGCCAGUGUCUGCAGGGCUACACCGGCCCGCGCUGCGAGAUCGACGUCAACGAGUGCGUGUCCAGCCCCUGCCAGAACGACGCCACCUGCCUGGACCAGAUCGGGGGCUUCCAGUGCAUCUGCAUGCCCGGCUACGAGGGCACCUACUGUGAGCAGAACACAGACGAGUGUGCCAGCAACCCCUGCCUGCACAACGGGCACUGCCGGGACAAGGUCAACGAGUUCUACUGCCAGUGCCCCACGGGCUUCACAGGGCACCUGUGCCAGCAUGACGUGGAUGAGUGUGCCAGCACGCCCUGCAGGAACGGCGCCAAGUGCCUGGACGGGCCCAACACCUACACCUGCGUGUGCACAGAAGGCUACACAGGCACCCACUGUGAGGUGGACAUCAACGAGUGCGAACCGGAUCCCUGUCACUACGGCUCUUGCAAGGACGGCAUUGCCGCCUUCACCUGCGUCUGCCGGCCGGGCUACACGGGCCACCGCUGCGAGACCAACAUCAACGAGUGCCACAGCCAGCCCUGCCGCCACGGGGGCACCUGCCAGGACCGUGACAACGCCUACCUCUGCCUCUGCCUCAAGGGGACCUCAGGCCCCAACUGUGAGGUCAACCUGGACGACUGUGCCAGCAGCCCCUGUGACUCGGGCACCUGCCUGGACAAGAUCGAUGGCUACGAGUGUGCCUGCGAGCCGGGCUACACAGGGAGCAUGUGCAACAUCAACAUCGAUGAGUGUGCGGGCAGCCCCUGCCACAACGGGGGCACCUGCGUGGAUGGCAUCAACGGUUUCACUUGCCGCUGCCCCGAGGGCUACCAUGACCCCACCUGCUUGUCUGAGGUCAACGAGUGCGGCAGCAACCCCUGUGUCCACGGCGCCUGCCAGGACGGCCUCAACGGGUACACGUGCGACUGCCACCCCGGCUGGAGCGGAGCCAACUGCGACGUGAACCACAACGAGUGCGAGUCCGACCCCUGUGUCAAUGGCGGCACCUGCAGGGACAUGACGGGCGGCUACGUGUGCACCUGCCGAGGGGGCUUCAGUGGCCCCAACUGCCAGACCAACAUCAACGAGUGUGCCUCCAAUCCGUGCCUGAACCAGGGUACCUGCAUCGACGACGUGGCCGGCUACAAGUGCAACUGCCCGCUGCCCUACACAGGAGCCUCGUGUGAGGCAGUGCUGGCUCCGUGUGUGCCCGGCCCCUGCAGAAAUGGAGGCCAGUGCCGCGAAUCCGAGGACUACGAGAACUUCUCCUGCGUCUGUCCCCCGGGGUGGCAAGGGCAGACCUGUGAGAUUGACAUCAACGAGUGCGUCAAGAGCCCGUGCCAGCAUGGUUCCGCCUGUCAAAACACCCAAGGGGGCUACCGCUGCCACUGCCCGGCCGGCUACAGCGGCCGCCACUGUGAGACAGACGUUGACGACUGCCAGCCCAACCCAUGCCACAACGGUGGCUCCUGCACCGACGGCGUCAACACGGCGUUCUGCGAGUGCCUGCCCGGCUUCCAGGGCGCCUUCUGCAAGGAGGACACCAACGAAUGUGCCAGCAACCCCUGCCGCAAUGGUGCCAACUGCACGGACUGCGUGGACAGCUACACCUGCACCUGCCCGGCCGGCUUCAGCGGCAUCCACUGCGAGGACAACACACCAGACUGCACGGAGAGCUCCUGCUUCAACGGCGGCACCUGCAUGGACGGCAUCAACUCCUUCACCUGCGUGUGCCUGCCCGGCUUCACGGGCAGCUACUGUCAGCAUGACAUUAAUGAGUGUGACUCAAGGCCCUGCCUGCACGGCGGCACCUGCCACGACAGCUACGGCACCUACAAGUGCACCUGCCCCCAGGGAUACACCGGCCUCAACUGCCAGAACCUGGUGCGCUGGUGCGACUUCUCACCGUGCAAGAAUGGCGGUGAGUGCUGGCAGAACAACACAGAGUACCGCUGCCGGUGCCACAGCAACUGGACCGGCCUCUACUGCGACGUGCCCAGCGUGUCCUGUGAGGUGGCCGCUCGCCAGCAAGGCGUGGACAUUGCUAACCUGUGCCGGCACGGCGGGCUCUGCGUGGACACGGGCAACACGCACCACUGCCACUGCCAGCCCAGCUACACGGGCAGCUACUGCGAGGAGCAGGUGGACGAGUGCUCGCCCAGCCCCUGCCAGAACGGCGCCACCUGCACCGAUUACCUGGGCGGCUACUCCUGCGAGUGUGUUGCUGGCUACCACGGGGUGAACUGUUCCGAGGAGAUCAAUGAGUGCCUGUCCCGCCCAUGCCAGAAUGGGGGCACCUGCAUCGACCUCACCAACACCUACAAGUGCUCCUGCCCACGGGGGACCCAGGGCGUGCACUGCGAAGUCAACGUAGAUGACUGCGCCCCGUCGGCGGGGCCCGGUGCUCGGAGCCCGCGCUGCUUCAACAACGGCAGCUGCGUGGACCAGGUGGGCGGCUACAGCUGCAUUUGCCCGCCCGGCUUCGUGGGCGAGCGCUGUGAGGGGGACGUCAACGAGUGCCUGUCCAACCCCUGCGACGCCCGCGGCACCCAGAACUGCGUGCAGCGAGUCAACGCCUUCCAUUGCGAGUGCCGGCCUGGCUACACCGGGCACCGCUGCGACUCGGUCAUCAACGGCUGCAGGGGCAGGCCCUGCAAGAACGGGGGUGCCUGCGCAGUGGCUGCCAACACCGCCCGGGGCUUCAUCUGCAAGUGCCCUGCGGGCUUUGAAGGUGCCACCUGCGAGAAUGACGCCCGCACCUGUGGCAACCUGCACUGUCUCAACGGCGGCACCUGCCUGUCAGGCCUGCGCAGCCCCACCUGCCUGUGCCUGGCCCCCUUCACCGGGCCCCAGUGCCAGUUCCCGGCGAGCAGCCCCUGCGUGGGCCGAAACCCCUGCUACAACCAGGGCACCUGUGAGCCCUCGCCCGAGAGCCCCUUCUACCGCUGCCUGUGCCCCCCCAAGUUCAACGGACUGCACUGCCACAUCCUGGACUACGGCUUCGGGGGCGGCGCCGGGCAGGACAUCCCCCCUCCGCAGAUCGAGGAGGCCUGUGAGAUCCCGGAGUGCGCGGCCGAUGCGGGCAACAAGGCGUGCAGCGUCACCUGCAACAACCACGCUUGCGGCUGGGACGGGGGCGACUGCUCCCUCAACUUCGACGACCCCUGGAAGAACUGCCCCCGCGCGCUGCAGUGCUGGGAGCACUUCAGCAACGGCCGCUGCGACGCCCAGUGCAACUCGGCCGGCUGCCUCUUCGAUGGCUUCGACUGCCAGGGCAGCGGCGGGCAAUGCAACCCGCUCUACGACCAGUACUGCAAGGACCACUUCAGCGACGGACACUGCGACCAGGGCUGCAACAACGCCGAGUGCGAGUGGGACGGGCUGGACUGCGCCGAGCGCGUGCCCGAGAGGCUGGCCGCGGGCACGCUGGUGGUGGUGGUGCUGAUGCCGCCUGAGCAGCUGCGCAACGACUCCUUCCACUUCCUGCGCGCGCUCAGCCGGCUGCUGCACACCAACGUGGUCUUCAAGCGCGACGCGCAGGGCGCGCACAUGAUCUUCCCCUACUACGGCCGCGCCGAGGAGCUGCGCAAGCACCCGCUCCGGCGCGCCGCGCGGGGUCCGGCAGCAGCAGCAGCAGCACGGGCUCGCGGCUCAGGCCGAUCUGGGGCCGCGCGCAGGCGCCGCGAGCUGGACCCCAUGGAUGUCCGAGGGUCCAUCGUGUACCUGGAGAUUGACAAUCGGCACUGCGUCCAGUCAUCCGCCCAGUGCUUCCAGAGCGCCACGGAUGUCGCCGCCUUCCUGGGUGCGCUGGCCUCGCUGGGCAGCCUCGACAUCCCCUACAAGAUCGAGGCUGUGCAGAGUGAGAGCGUGGAGCCGCCGCCGCCCGCCCCGCUGCACUUCAUGUACGUGGCGGCCGCCGCCUUCGUGCUGCUGGCCUUCUUGGGCUGCGGGGUGCUGCUCUCCCGCAAGCGGCGGCGGCAGCACGGUCAGCUCUGGUUCCCCGAGGGCUUCAAAGUGUCGGAGGCCAGCAAGAAGAAGCGGCGGGAGCCCCUGGGUGAGGACUCCGUGGGCCUCAAGCCCCUGAAGAAUGCUUCUGAUGGCGGCCUCAUGGAUGACAACCAGAAUGAGUGGGGAGAUGAGGAUCUGGAUCCCAAGAGGUUCCGGUUCGAAGAGCAGGUGGUCCUGCCCGACCUGGACGACCAGACGGACCACCGUCAGUGGACACAACAGCACCUGGAUGCCGCGGACCUGCGCGUGUCUGCCAUGGCCCCCACACCGCCCCAGGGUGAGGUCGAAGCCGACUGCAUGGAUGUCAACGUCCGGGGGCCAGACGGCUUCACCCCCCUGAUGAUCGCCUCCUGCAGCGGCGGGGGGCUGGAGACGGGCAACAGCGAGGAGGAGGAGGACACCCCUGCUGUCAUAUCCGACUUCAUCUACCAGGGCGCCAGCCUGCACAAUCAGACCGACCGCACCGGCGAGACCGCCCUGCACCUGGCUGCCCGCUACUCACGCUCGGACGCCGCCAAGCGCCUGCUGGAGGCCAGCGCGGACGCCAACAUCCAGGACAACAUGGGGCGGACCCCACUGCACGCUGCCGUGUCCGCAGACGCACAGGGUGUCUUCCAGAUCCUGAUCCGGAACCGAGCCACAGACCUGGACGCUCGCAUGCAUGACGGCACCACACCGCUGAUCCUGGCCGCCCGCCUGGCCGUGGAGGGCAUGCUGGAGGACCUCAUCAACUCCCACGCCGACGUCAACGCCGCCGAUGACCUGGGCAAGUCAGCGCUGCACUGGGCCGCCGCCGUGAACAACGUGGAUGCCGCCGUCAUCCUGCUCAAGAAUGGGGCCAAUAAGGACAUGCAGAACAACAAGGAGGAGACCCCGCUGUUCCUGGCCGCCCGAGAGGGCAGCUACGAGACGGCCAAGGUGCUGCUCGACCACUUCGCCAACCGCGACAUCACGGACCACAUGGACCGGCUGCCCCGGGACAUCGCCCAGGAGCGGGUGCACCACGACAUCGUGCGGCUCCUGGAUGAGCACAGCCUGGCCCGCAGCCCACAGCUGCACGGUGCCGGCCCCGGUGGCCCGCCUGCCCUGUCGCCCACCCUCUGCUCCCCCAGCGGCUACCUGGGCAACCUGAAGCCGGCCGGGCCGGGAAAGAAGGUCCGCAAAGCCAGCACCAAGGGCCUGGCCGGGGCUGGCAAGGAGGCCAAGGAGCUCAAGGCCCGGCGCAAGAAGGCACCCGACGGUGCCGGCGUGCUGUCCCCCGUGGACUCUCUGGAAUCGCCGCACGGCUACCUGUCGGAUGUGGCCUCCCCGCCCCUGCUGCCCUCCCCGUUCCAGUCGGCCCAGUCCCUGCCGCUCAGCCACCUGCCGGGCAUGGCCGACGCCCCUCUGGGCCUCGCACACCUGAACCUGGCGGCUAAGCCCGAGCUGGCUGCACUUGGGGGGGGCGGGCGGCUGGCCUUCGAGGCUGGGCCGCCCCGCCUCUCCCACCUGCCCGUGGCCCCCAGCACCAACUCGGUGCUUGGUGCUGGUGGGGGUGCUGUGAAUUUCACUGUGGGUGGGGCCGCCAGCCUCGGGGGGCCAUGUGAGUGGUUGUCCCGGCUACCCCAGCACAGCCGGGCACCCAGCCAGUACGCCCCGCUGCGCUCUGCGGCGGGCACCCUGAGCCCACAGGCAGCCGCCCUCCAGCACAGCGUGAUGGGCCCCUUGCAUAGCGGCCUCUCCCAGAUGGUGAGCUACCAGGGCCUACCCACCUCGCGGCUGACCGCCCAGCCACACCUGGUGCCCGCCCAGCAGCCACAGCCGCCGCCCCCAAGCCUGCAGAUGCAGCAGCCCCCACAGCCCCACCUCAGUGUGAGCUCGGCGGCCGGCAGCCACAUGGGCCGGGGCUUUCUGGGAGGCGAGCCCAGCCAGGCGGACGUGCAGCCGCUGGGCCCCAGCGGCCUGGUGGCGCAUACCAUCCUGCCACAGGACAGCCAGGUCCUGCCCACCGCACUGGCCCCGCCCCUGACCACCGCCCAAUUCCUGACCCCACCCUCGCAACACAGCUAUUCCUCGCCCACGGACAACACGCCCAGCCACCAGCUGCAGGUGCCCGAGCACCCCUUCCUCACGCCGUCCCCCGAGUCCCCGGACCAGUGGUCCAGCUCGUCCCCACACUCCAACCUCUCCGACUGGUCCGAGGGCAUCUCCAGCCCGCCCACCAGCUUGCAGUCCCAGCUCAGCCACAUUCCAGAGGCCUUUAAGUAAAUGGCCGCCUGGCCAGGACCCCUGCUGCCUGGCCCUGCCUGGCCCAGCAGCCGGACACAGCAGCCCAGCCCGGCACCCGGGGAGAGCUAGCGCGUUGUUACCAGAAAGGAGAGGGAGAUGCAUUUUCACAGUUUUUGCUUCUGCUUUUUUUUUAGUAUUUAUUGACGGACUUCGGUUGUGCCUGUGGCCACACUGCCGUUUUAUUUAUACGCGCUGGUUCCUGGGUCCGCAGGGGCUCGCCCGGUCCCGAGGAACCAGCCGUUCUCAGGGUCUGGAUUCUCCCGCGUGGAACCAAGAGGCUCGUGACGUGUCUGUAAAUAGGAACAAGGAUUCUGGAUUUAUAAAUGCCGUUUAUUUAUUGAUUUCUGGCUUCAACGUCCUCCUGCCCCCCCGAAAAAAAUGGUGUUGGAGGAAGAGAGUUUAACCAGCAUAGUCCAAAAAACUCCUGAGGUCCCUGGAGCCUGGGAGGUGACCCGCCUACACCACCUGUGCCUGGAGAGGCACGAGGGCGGUCCGCCCUCCACACCUGCGGCACCAGGACUCCAUGCACCUGAAACCAGACCCCCAGGUGGGCCUCAAGUGAGGCGCUGUUUUUUCCCCAAACGUGCUUUUUCUGAUGUGUUCUUGGGGUGCAGUGAGAGUGUGUUUCUGGGUACCGGUCGUGGAAUCGUCGUUUCGGCACCAGUAUUAUGAAGUUGUUCCCUGAGCGUGCAAGUUUCUCUAGAAGCUGCCCCACCCUGGGUGACUUGUGAGGGUGGGGCAGGUCCAGGAGGACCCAUCGGUCGGAGCCCAUCCUCUGGUGGGGAGAGUGUCAGCUGCCCUGAAGACCCUCCUCAUGCACAGGUGGCCCAGGGUUGCAGGUGGGGGACUGGCCACCUGUGGGCCUGCUGUAGGGCCCUGACUUUGAGCAGUUUCUGUUUUCAUGGGGAACGAGUGUACCAGAGAGCCUGGGACAGGCUGGUGUCCGCAGUCCCUGCCCAGCAGCUGUGCCCAGCCUCGGCUCGUGGGGGCUGGCAAAGGUGCUCCCCAGUGUGUGGCACCUGCUGGGAGAGCUGCCCCCCUGGUUCAGAGGGGCGCGUGCAGGAAGAGGGUGUUCUCACGUUACCGAGUAUGAGCCUGUGGCAGUUAAAUGUCUGUAAAUAUAUUUUUUAAAGGUGGAUUUUGUUUUAAAAAAUCUGGAGACGACAACAAGGGUGUCAGGACAAGUCUGGGCCCAUGAGGCCGGGCCCUGCCCCCCUUCCCCCCCUGCUGGACUACAGGUCCUGGGAGCACUGGAGGGGCGGCACCAGGCUGCCCUGUGGGUGGGCUUCCCCUCCCAGCCUCCAGGGGUGCUGCCUGCCCCUCCUGGUGGGGGGGCACGACCAGCCUCAGCAUGAGAUGUCCAACCUUCCCAUGUCUUCUGGAAAUAGUUUACAGGAAAAGGAGGCUUUUAAAAGUUACCUACAUGUAAAACUGUAGGCGAAUGAUGUAUAUCCCGCCCCACCCGUCUUCUUUUGUUAAGUGAUUUGCAAUAAAGCGAUGCAGCGGCCAUCGAGAUUUUGUUAAA